GCGAAAACAAUCUAAAAUGAAAGUCGUGGCAGCAAUUUUACAUUUACACGGUUUUAUAGUAAUACAUUCCUCAGGACAAUUAAUUACUUCAUCUUCAAAUUUCAUCAAACAAGGGCAUGUUUCCGAUACCAAAGAUCUAUGUGUUUUCUCUGUCCACACCCUGGAAAUCAAGUCUCUUGGGGAGUGUGCAUUGUAUUGUGGAAUGAAUCUUCUUUGUAACGCUUUUGAUUUUUGCCAUUUUGAAGGUUCCUUAAUUUGUCGACUACGCUAUGGACAUGCUAAACUUUCAAACACCACUACACAAUGUGAACUUUACGAAAUCACAACGAACAAAUACUGCCCCAAUGGAUUCUUCUUAAGAGCUCAUGGAAUAUGCAAGGACGAUAAUCUUGCACUGCACAGUCCAACAACAAUGAGUUCGGUGUAUGCCGAUCCAGUAUAUGCAUACCAGCGCCUUGGUAACGGUAGCCUCGCAGUGAAUGGAGAAGUACGUCCAGAUGAUACCGAGUGUGCAGUAACAAAUGAAGAUCUCUAUCCAUUUUUAACAAUUGAUCUUUUGGACAGAUUUCAUGUUGGGCGUGUUGUUUUCACUAAUAGAAAAACUUCAGAAUUUAGAUUGCAUGACCUGAAUGUAACAGUUGGGACGGACGGUUCAAACUUCGGUUGUUUCUGCGGAUUUUUUAAAGGACCGGGAACAUCGCAUCAGGUAGUGAACAUGACAUGCCAAGAAACGUGUAGAGGGCGCUAUGUUCGUCUUCAGAUUGUUUCCGGUCGUGAGUUUCUUCAGCUCUGUGAGGUAGAGGUCUACAGUAUAUGCGAAUGAAUACAAACAUUUACAUGACAUUUAUUGUUAACAGGCACUUAGUAUCGUUUUUAGAAACUCGUCCAAAUAAAUUGACAAACAAACAAAAAUCUAAUCUUAUCCUGUGGGUGGUGGGGAGAGGGUGUUACUAUAUCUGUAACUUCAACCUUUUAUUCAAUUCCUUAUUUUCACUUCAAUAUGUCAAUAUUUUUUACAAUAUCCCAAAGAGUGGUAAAGGAGGGGGAGGGCUCCACGGUCACUUACUUUCUCAAAUGUAAAUUAAAUUAAACAUUUUAUAAAGAUAGCUUAUCGAUUGCCUUAAGAUCCAUUAUCUAUGUACUAUUUUGUUUGGAACAUAAAGCAACGGGAAUACUCGAUAUAUAUACACUGUACUAACUAACGUAGGUAUUGAGGUCAUAUUUGUAGAAAAUUGUAUUAUGAUAUUCAUAUUGUCGAUUAUAUGAUAAAACACUUUGUGUUUAUUAUAAAUUUGGAAAAAAGUAUCAUUCCAUCGUGUGAUUUUUAAGCGGAAUGUAAUCCAUUGACUUCAAUGAAACAGUUAAUUUUUUUCAAUGUUUGUUUAAAAUAUUUAGUGGUGUAAAAUAUCAUGCCCAAGUACAUAUUCUGACAAAUAGUUAUUGAUAAUAAAGUUAAAAAUGCAUAUUUAUUUUUGAUUGACUAGUUUGUGAAACACUGAUGCCCCCUCGGAAAUGAAAGAGACCUGUUGAACUUAAAAUCAGUAGGGAUUAUCUACCGGUACUAUAUGAGAUGCAUCAAUAUAUCAAGUUUGAAAUGUCUAAGUUUACUUAGAAUGUGCUGGACUUAAAAUGGAACUUCAGAAAUUGAUUUUUUCAUGUAAAAGUAGAUGCUGGCACGACAAGAACCUAAAUCUCUAUCUACACUAAUUGGUAUUAUCACAGUCUUGGAUUUUAAGAAAUAUAGUUUCAUACGUUUGUUUUGCAUGAUUGUUAUUUCGAAGGAUAUAACAUAACUCUUUAAACCCUGAAAAUCUUGUUCUUUAAUCCUUCCAAACUCGGAUUAUCAACGGGACUAACCCCUAGAUAGUCCCGUUUCAAUAAGAAGACGAUGG